AGGAUACGCCAGAAUUGUGCAGUCGAGACGACAACUUCUGUGUCCGUUUCAAAUAUAUUACUACUGGACGACUAGAAUUAAGUCUGAGGCAGGUAACAUCAACAGUGAGGACAAACCCAGCCUGUCUCUCUCAUUCCACACUGAGUCCAAACCUACAGUCACUGGGUCCAGAUUGUGACAGUGGAGCCCAGUUUGCACUGCAGGAUCCAGAGAUGGCAUCAGUGAAGCUGGAAGACUGCAGUCAAACACUGGAGCUGAAUGUCAACAUUAAAGAUGAAGAAGAGGAGGAGGAGAUUGGGAAAUCUGUUUCUCAUGGAGACCAUGUUGAGACAUUCUCUACAUCCAGAGAGCAACAGAGGGAACAUCACAGAGCUAAAGGGUCUCACAGCUGCCCACAUUGUGAGGAGAUUUUCCCAAUUCUAUCAAAGCUAAAAAUACACCAAAAAAUACACACAGGACAGAAUCCGUAUUCCUGUACUGACUGUGGGAAGAGAUUCACAACAUCAGGGAAUCUGACGGUUCAUCAGAGAGUGCACACUGGAGAGAAGCCUUACUCCUGCUCUGACUGUGGGGCAAGUUUCUCUCGACUGGGCCACUUAAAAACACAUGAACAUAUACAUACAGGAGUGAAGCCUUACUCCUGCUCUGAUUGUGUAAAAUGCUUCACAACAUCAGCUGAGCUAAAAGUUCACCAGAGAACACACACAGGAGAGAAGCCUUUCUUCUGCUCUGACUGUGAAAAGAGUUUCUCUCAACUUUCCCACUUAAAAACACAUGAACGUAUACAUACAGGAUUGAAGCCUUACUCCUGCUCUGACUGUGUAAAAUGCUUCACAACAUCAGCUGAGCUAAAAGUUCAUCAGAGAACACACACAGGAGAGAAGCCUUUCUUCUGCUCUGACUGUGGAAAGAGUUACUCUGUACUGUGCAACUUAAAAACACAUGAACGUCUACAUACAGGAGUGAAGCCUUACUCCUGCUCUGACUGUGGAAAGACUUUCUCUCGACUAAACAUCUUAAAAACACAUGAAAGUAUACAUACAGGAGUGAAGCCUUACUCCUGCUCUGACUGUGUAAAAUGCUUCACAACAACAGCUGAGCUAAAAGUUCACCUGAGAACACACACCGGAGAGAAACCUUACUCCUGCUCUGACUGUGGAAAGAGUUUCCCUCUACUGAGAACCUUAAAAACACAUGAACAUAUACAUACGGUAGUGAAGCCUUAUUCCUGCUCUAAUUGUGGAAAAAGUUUUUCUCAACUGGGCCACUUAAAAACACAUGAACGUAUACAUACAGGGGAGAAGCCCUACUCCUGCUGUGACUGUGUAAAAUGCUUCAAAACGUCAGCUGAGCUAAAAGUUCAUCAGAGAACACACACAUCAGAGAAGCCUUGCUCCUGCUCUGACUGUGGGAAGAGUUUUUCUCGACUGGACCUCUUAAAAACACAUGAACGUAGACAUACAGGAGUGAAGCCUUACUUCUGCUCUGACUGUGUAAAAUGUUUCACGACAUCAGCUGAGCUAAAAGUUCAUCAGAGAACACACACAGGAGAGAAGCCUUACUCCUGCUUUGACUGUGGAAAGAUUUUCUCUCAACUGGGCCACUUAAAAACACAUGAACGUAUACAUACAGGAGUGAAGCCUUACUCCUGCUCUGACUGUAUAAAAUACUUCACAACAUCAGCUGAGCUAAAAGUUCACCAGAGAACACACACAGGAGAGAAGCCAUACUCCUGCUCUGACUGUGGAAAGAGUUUCUCUCGACUGGACUACUUAAAAACACAUGAACGUAUACACACAGGAGAGAAGCCUUACUCCUGCUCUGACUGUUGAAAGAGUUUCUCUGGAAUGUGUCAGUUAAAAAGACACCAAGGUAAACUGAGAGAAGCCUUAGCACUGAUCUGACUGUAGAAAAUGGUUUAAAACAACAGCUGACCUAAAAGGUCAUCAGUGAACAGACACAGGAGAGAAGCCUUAAUUCUGCUCUUAAUGUGGCAAGAGUAACUCAAGUGAAAGUCACCAAGUAAAAUACUACUUGAGUUAAAGUCUAAGUAUUUGGUUGUAAAUAGACUUAAGUAUCAAAAGUAAAAGUAUGAAUAAUUUCAAAUUCCUUAAAUUAUCCUCUAAGUCAGUUGUGGGCAUUUCCAGUCCUCGAGGGCCUGAUUGGUGUCACAGUUUUGCCCCAGCUAACACACCUGACUCCAAUUAUCACCUAAUCAUGAUCUUCAGUUUAGAAUGCAAUUUAAUUAAUCUGUUGUGUUUGCUAGGGAUGGAGAAAAGUGUGACACCAAUCAGGCCUGGGGACUGGAGUUGCCCACCCCUGCUCAACGGGAUGGGUGUCCCUAA